UAGAUCUACUCGAGUGUUACGGAAAUCAUACACAAGUAAGAAGAUGGCUGAAAAGGUAGGCGUGUCUGCAGGAGAGAGUAUUUUACAGUUUCUGCCGUUUGUGAGCCGCUUAGAGACGGGAUUCUGGCAUGAGCUGGGACAGAGGAAGCUAGAGAAGUACAAGCUGAGUGAAGAGCAGCAGCAAAUCUUUGGAUCUUACUUCAACUCUGCUCAACCGGGACUUCCGUCACAUCUGAGCCUCGAGUACUGCGCAUUUGAAGAGAAAGGCAGCUAUCCGUCCAAUGCCUUUCCUUCUCCUGGCUGCCUCCUCAACACUAACACCAUCGACUCAUUUAAGACUCUCGACAAGAAGAGUCUCAUUGACAACACAGCUGCUAAGAUAUGGGAGGCUAUCAAGAGUGGUGCUGUUCUGGACAAUCCCUCUGUUCUCACGAGCUUCUUUCUUCUCACAUUUUCUGAUUUGAAGAAGUUUAACUUCUACUAUUGGUUUGCUUUCCCUGCUCUUCAACCAGCUGAGCCGUUCACCUGUGACAGUGUGUGUGGUGUGGGAGAUGUGUGGAGCAAGAAGCAGCUCACAAAUCUCGAGGUCUCGUAUGACAAGUUUCGUAGUGAUCACCCAGGAGUGGGGUUCUUCCUGGUCAAGGUGGAGGGGGAUGACAUCACUGUGUUCUCACUUAGGGAGUUUGAUAAAGCCGUCAAUGGAGACAAGUUGAUUCUAGGGUUCAGUGACCCCAGCACACUGGAGAGCAACCCCGGCUGGCCACUCAGGAACUACCUCAUCAUGGCCGCAGCUCAAUGGGGUGAUAAGGUGGGUAUGGUCGAUGUCCUCUGUUACCGUGACUACACUCGAGAGGGCAGGAGGGUCAACAGCCACAGUCUAUAUGUGAAGGGAAUCAAGCUGACCAAAAUGUCAUCAACAGACCUGCCUAAAGUGAUGGGCUGGGAGAGAAAUGACAAGAACAAACUGGCCCCCAAGAUGGUCAACCUCAGCUCCUCCAUGGACCCUGUCAGACUCUCUGAGUCCUCUGUGGACCUGAACCUCAAGCUCAUGCGCUGGCGUCUCCUACCCUCCCUGGACCUGGCCAAGAUCUCAGGCACUCGCUGCCUCCUCUUGGGGUCAGGUACCCUCGGCUGUAACGUGGCAAGGUGUCUACUAGGCUGGGGUGUGAGGAAGAUCACAAUGGUGGACAAUGGAACUGUGUCUUACUCUAAUCCUGUGAGGCAGAGUCUCUUCACCUUCGAGGAUUGUGUGGGCGGUGGACGUAAGAAAGCACUGGCAGCUGCUGAGAGUCUGAGACUCAUCUUUCCCGGAGUGAAUGCUGAGGGGGUGGAGCUUAGCAUCCCCAUGCCUGGUCAUCACACCGGCACAGAGCAGAAGGCCAUAGACAAGGUACGGAAAGACGUGGAGCAACUACAAGCACUCAUCCAGGACCAUGACGUUGUGUUCCUACUCAUGGACACUAGAGAGAGUCGCUGGCUGCCCACUCUACUAGCCUGUCACUACUCCAAGAUUUGUGUCAAUGCUGCUCUUGGCUUUGAUACGUACAUGGUCAUGAGGCAUGGGUUCAGGCCUCCCCCUGGCACGGUGACCCCUGACCCCGGCCCCUCUGGUCAGCUGAGUGCCAAGAUACCUGGCAACGAUCUCGGCUGCUACUUCUGUAGUGAUGUUGUAGCACCCACUGACUCCACUCGUGACCGUACGCUGGACCAGAUGUGCACAGUGUCCAGACCAGGACUGUCCAUGAUAGCCGCAGCACUGGUAGUGGAACUGCUCAUGGGAGUUGUGCAACAUCCCGAUCAAGGUCUGGCUCACUCUGAGAACCUGACUGACGAGGAUGACACUGACUGCGAGUCAGUACUGGGACUAGUACCACAUCAGAUUCGUGGGUUCUUGUCUCGGUUCCACCACGUGCUACCAGCGAGCAGGAGGUUUGACAUGUGCACAGCAUGUUCUGAUAAAGUUAUAGAAACCUACCAGGCCGAAGGGUUCGCUUUCCUUCUGAAAGCGUUCAACUGUCCCAACUAUCUGGAGGACCUCACUGGACUCAGCCAGCUGUACGCCCAGACUUACGAUGAUCAGGUUUGGGAACUGAGUGAAGAUGAAGAAGUUUAGACAAUUGCAAUGUGCAUCACAACAAAAUAAUAAGUAAAAGUAUGAAUUUAGAGUGUAUUAUUAUGCAUGCAUGUUUAAUUUAAUGUGAUAAUUAUAUAUUUUUAUCUAUUCGAA